GCGCCUAAUUCGCCGCUAGCCUAAGGGGCCGCUCGGCGGCGGCAUGCGUCCCUGCUCCAAUCAGAAGCGCAGGCCUGGGGGUGCGCGCGGAGUACCAGAAUGGACUAGGACGAGGAGCGGGGGGCGGGGAAGGGAGGGAGAGCAAGUCCGCCAAUGGGCGCGCCGCCUUGCGCUUGACGUGAGGCUCUCCGGGCUUCCCAGACCGGCAGUCUCUGGGUCUGGGCGAGUGAAUUCGAAAGGGAGCUGUGGGGAGGGUAGAGUGGGAGGGACUUCCGCCGGGGUCCCGGAAGUGGGGGGCUGUGGGUUCUCAUGCGAACGGGAAGGAGCGUUGGGGAUUUGGAGUCUCGAGGUUGAGACAUUUUCGGGCCUGAAAGGGGAAGCGUCCGCUGUCGCCGCCGCCGCCGCUGCAGCCGCCCAGCCCGCGCCGCUCCCUACCCCACCCUCCCCCUCCUUCCCGGCGCCCGCCCGCUCCUCCGCCUCUUCCUUCCCCCUUCCCUUCCCCUCUUCUCCCCCCACCCGGGUCCCCGCGUGUGGUGCGGUCGCUGGGAGCAGCCGGGGCUGCGGCGGAGGCGCCCGUGGUCGGGAUCGGGCGGCGGCGGCGGCAUUCGCAGGAGCAGCAGCAGCGGCGGCAGCAGCAGCAGCAACAGCGGCAGCCGGAGCUGGGGCCGGAGCUGGAGCUGGAGCUGGAGCGGCGGCGGCUGUGACAGCACAAGAAGAUCACCUGCAAAGUUCUCUCUGAAGAGUCAUAAAGUAGACAGCUCAUGACUUCUGAUCAGGACACUAAAGUUGUGGCUGAACCGCAGGUGCAGCAAGUACAAGAAGUCAAAGACAGUUCUCAUCUA